CCUUCUUUGUCGAAACCCCUAGAAAUCUAGAGAUUCAUUUAUUCUUUUUAAAUUCCCGAUUUGCCCCUCCUAUCCUGUCCAGUUAACUCACCGUCGGAGGAAGUUCUAGACUUCUACCAUUUUCCACUUCCCUUUUUAUUCCCGCUUAGAACCUCAUUUCUGUUCCAUAUAUAGCGAUUCUCACUGCCUCACCCAAGAGAAAAAAAGAAAGGGGAAAAAACAGGAGAAAAUGGCAGAGGAUUUGGCGUUGGAUUUGGAGGAGCUCAAACAGUUACAGAGCAUAGCCAAGAGGCCUCGAGUCCUCUCCCUUAUCUCCUCUGAGAUAAGCAAUUUGGAGAAGUUGUCAAAGCAGCCCGCUUCUAUACCGGUUCCUACUCCAAUUCCAACCCCAAUUGCAACUGGAGUCAAGGUACCUUCUAUACCUGCACGGACUUAUGUCACACUAGGAUCUUUCAGCUGGGAUCAGGACAAUGACAAAGUCAAGAUUUAUGUCUCUAUAGAGGGUGUCGAGCAGGAAAAGAUUGAGACAGAAUUCAAGCCAAUGUCAUUUGAUGUCAAAUUUCAUGAUGUCCAAGGAAAGAAUUAUCGAUGUGCCAUACCAAAAUUGAACAAGGAGAUUGUACCAGAGAAAUGUAAAGUGGUAGUUAAGCCUACCAGGGUUAUCAUCACUUUGUUUAAAGCUUCAAAAGGGAACUGGUUAGACUUGCACUUCAAAGAGGACAAGCUGAAGCCAAAUUUGGAUAAAGAACGGGAUCCCAUGGCUGGAAUUAUGGACUUAAUGAAGAAUAUGUAUGAAGAAGGGGAUGAGGAAAUGAAGCGAACAAUUGCAAAAGCAUGGAGUGAUGCAAGAUCAGGAAAAACAGCUGAUCCGAUGAAGGGUUUUCAGUAGACUGAUCAGAAUUCUUCUAAAAUAUUGGAGAGAUCAUUUUGGUAGAUUUACUGUUCCAAUGGUUUUUGUGCUAUACUUCAGUAUGAUGUCAUGUCACAAAUGGAAAAAAUAUUGUCUACUAUGCUUUCUCUUAAAAUGUUUGGAACGUAGAUUGGCUUCUAACUUUCAUCUCUAAUCAUCUGUUGAUGGUUUGCUUGCAUUUUGUUCUA